AUGUCGACCCCUGCUAUCCAAGGUCUCUCGUCUAUGGGCUCGUCUGUCGGUGCAUACUCUAGACAGCAGCUGGCCACUUUGAGAAACAGAUUCUUGACUACAGAGAAGCGCAGGAGGAGGGCACAGCUCAUCUCGACCUCGUUUAGCGUCCACAAGCCGGUCUGGAUUGCUGCAGGGGGUGCCGCUUACACGACGAUGGGCGCGGUCUAUCUGACGCUACGCUACAUGCGUCGCUUGAAAUAA